AUGCAUAAACAUUUAUCUAGACAAACUUUUCCUUUUCACACGCUCCAAAGCAACGAGUCAUUAACUGUACAUAAACAAGUAUUUGAAGCUGACAAGGCAAACAUCGAAAGCAACUUUUCAAAACAUUACAUUGAUUUUCUGAUUGUUGUUUGUUUUAAAUUUUCCUGGAAAACACUGAAAACGAAUAUGCAAAAUCUCACCAAGAAAAAUAAAAAAUCAAGUCAAUAUUUACCUUGA